AUGGUGAGAAUCAAGAGGAUGUCUUUCAAAUCCAAGUCACCCCCGAGGUCCAACGACGAGUCGCUGCCAAAAUCGCCACCUACCUUGCCGUCGGCGUCGAAAUCGGCGAACCCAUCGCCGCUGAAAGAACCACCGUCCUCCGCCUCCAAUCCGGUAAACCCUUCGCCUGAAUACUCCACCGCCACCCAAACGCCACCAACUACUUCUCCAUCUUCAACGGCCCCAUCGAUAUCUCCGUCGACUAUUCCGUCGAAAUCGGCUGCGGGAAAGGUGAAGUCGCGGUCUAUGAAAUUGCCGGCUGCGACCGAAUCAUCCGAACCGGCCCCACCUAGGUCACGAGUCCAACAGCUUUCACGACAGCCAAAACACCCGCUCCGACUUGUGCCACUCGAGCAACGCCGACACACUCGCCGAAUGGGGGCGUACACUCACCCCGAUGCCCCAACGUUCAUCGACCUCACCGUUAGGCGGCCAAAGAAGGGGUCUGAGCCAUCAACGACCAAGGCACCAGCCACUCACUCGCAGCAGAAAUCCACAUGUCCAACAAUGGCGGGGGUAUCGUCGUCCAAGUCGAGAACUCAUGUCGGCGCAGCCCCACCCUCUACACAACCGGCUACAUCCAAAAAGCAACCGGCCGGCACCUCACGGACACGUGCUGCCCCAACGGUGCAAAAUGCAGCGAUACAGGCCCCGACCAACGCAACCGAAUCGCCGGCUAAAGAUCCCACACCGCCAGGCACACGAAAAUCACCCCAGACAGUUUUCGGAACAACCGCCAAGAGGACCCGAGCCUCAAACGAGCUCGGGCAGGAACAUCACAGGCCCGGGAACCGGCCCCGGCUCCCAGAGAGCUGA